UCUCUCAAGUACCAAAAACACCCAUAGAGUCGAAACGACUGUGUGUGGAUGAAAUAAAAUCAAGGGUCUUACUAAGAAGAAACUGAACCAGGAAGAGUGAGCAUGAUGGACUCUUGCGUGCGAGCCGUGGUAGAAGGCAUACACUCCAGUCCCACUCAAGCCGUUGUCUAUCUCUCCGGCGGAGCCUCUCAGGCCCUUGGGUGGUUAAUGUCUGUACCAGGAGCCUCAAACACAGUUUUGGAAGCUGUGGUGCCUUAUUCUAGAAUGUCCAUGAUCCAAUUGCUAGGCAAGGUUCCUGCUAAAUUCGCUAGCAGGCAAACUGCAGAGGACAUGGCAUUGUUGGCUUAUAAUAGAGCUCUAAAGCUUUCCCAACCAGGUUACCCAGCUCUUGGCGUGGGUUUCUCUGGUUCUCUAGCUAGCACACGUCCGAAGCUCGGGGAUCACAGGUACUGUUUUGUGCUAUUAUAUUUUCAAGUUAUUUAUAUCACGAGUUUGCAGUGAUUCUGCCUGUUUGUG